AGAAUUCCACCUUUCUCCUCUCUCUCCUCCUUUUUAUUUCAAAAGCUGCAAUUAUUUUUAUUCUCUCCUUUCGUUUCUUCGGGAGGCGAGCACUAAAAACAAAAACAAAAAAACCUGUAGACACCCCAGAAGCCCACGUCGAAUUUUCCUUUUUCUCUCUAAAUAAUGUUCAUUUCUCUCUCUAGAAUCUGCAUUUUUUCUCUCAUGAUUCGCCGUUCGAAUUUUCAGUUUUCACUUUUUUAAGAUCUUGGUGGACUUGAGAUUAGGGUUUUUUUUAUGCAAUCGCUAAUUCUUAGUUCUAGAGAGAGUUUUGUUGUUGGUUUUUGUAGUUUUUAAGCAAUGUCCCUGUUGCCAAAGGGCGAUUCAAUCCAAAUUCGAGAGGUUUGGAAUGAUACUCUUGAACAAGAAUUUGAUUUGAUUCGCCAAAUCAUUGAUGAUUUCCCUUAUGUUGCAAUGGACACUGAAUUUCCUGGCAUUGUUUUGAGACCUGUGGGAAAUUUCAAGAACGGUAACGACUAUCAUUAUCAAACUUUGAAAGACAAUGUUGAUAUGUUGAAGUUAAUCCAGUUGGGGCUCACUUUUUCGGAUGAGCAAGGUAACCUACCCACGUGUGGGACGGAUAAAUAUUGCAUUUGGCAAUUUAAUUUUCGUGAGUUCAAUAUCAAUGAGGAUGUGUUUGCCAAUGACUCUAUUGAGCUCUUGAAACAAAGUGGGAUUGAUUUUAAUAAAAAUAAUGAAAAGGGUGUAGAUGCAAUGAGGUUUGGAGAGUUAUUGAUGUCAUCUGGGAUUGUUUUGAAUGAUAAUGUGCGUUGGGUGACAUUUCAUAGUGGGUAUGACUUCGGGUACUUGCUAAAGGUCUUGACUUGCCUGAAUUUGCCUGAUUCACAAGCGGAGUUCUUUAAGUUGAUCAAAAUUUAUUUUCCAACAUUAUAUGACAUCAAGCACUUGAUGAAGUUUUGCAAUAGUCUUCAUGGUGGAUUGAACAAGCUUGCAGAGUUGUUGGAAGUUGAAAGAGUUGGGAUUUGUCAUCAAGCGGGUUCAGAUAGUUUGCUUACAUCUUGUACAUUCAGGAAAUUAAAAGAGAAUUUCUUUAGCAACUCAUUGGAUAAAUAUGCUGGUGUGUUGUAUGGUUUAGGUGUUGAGAACGGACAAAAUGUUCAUUUAAAGUGAAUAAGAACCGAAAAAGAAAGGUUUAGGAGUUGUUUAUUCAAUUGUAUGAGUGUGCCUUACAUCCACAUAUCCUUGUACACCUUUGGCAACAAUUUGCGUAAUUUAUGAAUAUUCCUUAUGUUGAUUAA